ACUGUGUAUAAAAGGCUCCCGGCACGAAACUCCCACAAACUUGUCCCCCAAACAGGCUCCGAUCCCCAAGCACGAAAUAAACCUCACCUAACCCCUCCCAUGACCGACGACCACCCCCUCACCGGCGACCACCACUCCUCUCCGGCGAGCUCCACCGCCCUGGGCUCCCUCCUGCUCCUCCCCUCCGAGCUCCUCCACGAGAUCCUCCUCCGCCUCGCCGUCCCGGAGCUCCUCCGCGUCCGCUCCGUGGCCCGCCCGCUCUCGCACCUCAUCUCCUCCCCGGACUUUCGCCGCCUCUACCACCUCACCUCGGCCUCCUCAGGCCCCGGCCCGGCCGCCGCGUGGCUCCUCCUCUUCAAGAAGCUGCCCCCGCGUGACGCCGCGAUCCGAGGCUUCCACGGGCCGUCGGGGCGCUGGUUCCGCAUCCCCGUCUCGGGCAUCCUCUCCCCCGCCGUGCCUCCCGGCGAGGACCUCUACUUCCUCGCCGCCUCCGGCAGCUCGUUCCUGUUCGCUGCAAACGGCCGCCGCGAUCUCGUCGUCGUCGACCUCACCGCCCGCGCCGCGCGGCGCCUCCCGCCGUCCCCGCUAGGCCCCCGCGGCACCUCCUCCUGGCGCCGCUUCGGCCUCAAGCUCGUCGCCGAUCCUCCCGGAUCAAACCGGUUUAGGUUUCUGUUUGCUGAGCUGGUGAACAACACGCCAUUCCUCUUAGAAUACCGGUCCGAGACCGACACGUGGCAGCAGUCGGAGGCGAUCCUGGCCGAGGGGGCGGCGUCCGUGCCGGUAGCCCCGGACUGCACAUACCUCUGCGCGGCGCAUGCCGGACCAGACUCCGUCAUGGUGUACUCCGGCCCGGGGGCGGACGACCGCCCGGUCUUCUUCCGGCCGCGGUUCCCGCCGCACAAUCCGAACAACGCCGGCGCCGUGGGCGACCGGUUGCACGUGUACGGCGACGGGAGCGCGGCGGUGGUGCGAUCCGCGGUGAUCGACGAGCCGACGAGCAGGACCCGGGUCAAGGUCGUGACGGGCGUGGACCUGUACGGGUUCGGGGCGUCGUCGGCGGUGGGAGGUGACUGGGAGCUGGUGGCCUCCGUGCCGGGCGAGCUGAUCGACGGGUUCCGGAAACCGUACGCCGUGAUGACGGGGCUGCUGGCAGAGCGGGAGGGGGUGAUCCGGCUGGUGCUCAUUUCCAACUGCAGGGGCGCGUGGGACCUGGUGUGGCUGUCGUACGACCGCGCGCGCGGCGAGUGGCAGUGGGUGCCGGUGCCGGACUGGGGCACCAGCAAGGGGCUCAACAUGGCCGGCAUCGCCGUCUCCUCUACCUUCUCCCGCCUCUGGCCGCUGGCCGCGCCGUCGCCGUCGUCCAGCAGCCAGCCACCAGUGAGCUGACGAACCGAAGUCUGCGUCGCAUGUGAUGCGCGUGCGCGUGCUGUACAUACAGGUGUGUGCAAGAGCAGUGUGGGCGAGUGCUGGCCCCAUCCAACGCCGCCCAUAUCCCCGGCAAAAUAAUUUUAUGCAGAUGUACUACCGUCUGAAUAGCUGUUAUAUGUUUCACGAAUUUAUUACGUUUCAAUCGAUUGAAAUU